UUCCCCUGUUCUCUAGUCGAUUACACGCUCAGGCGCUCACAUUCAAUUCUACAUCUAUAAUAAUCAGUAGAGAGGCGGUGAAGUUAGAAAUAAAUCAAAUCAGAAAAUGGCGACCGGGCGAGUAGAUCUAGACGGGAAUCCAAUUAAGCCAAUUACGAUAUGCAUGAUUGGAGCCGGAGGUUUCAUUGGCUCGCACCUCUGUGAGAAGCUCAUGACGGAGACGCCGCACAAGGUGCUGGCGGUGGAUGUGUACAGUGACAAGAUCAAGCACCUGUUGGAGCACUCGGGCUCGGGCUCACCACCUUGGGCCGAUCGCAUCCAGUUCCACCGACUCAACAUCAAGAACGACCCACGACUCGAAGGCCUCAUCAAGAUGGCGGAUCUUACAAUCAAUCUUGCUGCAAUUUGCACUCCAGCUGAUUACAACACGCGUCCCCUUGACACAAUUUACAGCAACUUCAUCGAUGCUCUUCCCGUGGUCAAGUACUGUUCUGAAAACAGCAAACGUCUCAUACACUUCUCUACUUGUGAAGUUUAUGGGAAAACCAUUGGGUGCUUUUUACCCAAAGCUAGUCCAUUACGGCAGGUAAGCCUUUGGCGUUUCUGGAAUUAAAAAUUCCUGCCUCUU